AUGGACACUGAAGCCACAACGGAGUACGUGGACACCCUUCCAGAGCACACCGUCUUCUCGACAAACCGGCGUCCAUGUGGAAUUCGUGAUUGGCCGGCUGGGUUUUUUUAUCAGUCGAGCAGUGAUGCACUUUCUGAAGCCGCCGCCGCCGCCGCCGACGACGACGACGACGACGCAAUUGGGCGAAAAAUCAACCUCCGCUGGGUUGAAAGAAUGUCGCGUGAGGAGCGGUUGUUUAGACUGUCAGACACGCAGAUAGCUCCUUCCCCCACUCCCUCCACCCUACCCGGCUGCCUUCGGCCGGUUGCAUCAACGAGGCACGACCGGGGCUGUGACGCAGUAGGCAGGGGGGACGUGGUGGAGGCGAGGGGGGGUGGGGGGAGGAAGGGCAACGACCAGUGCCUCGCGCAGGGAGAGGAGGCUCGACGAUAUCUCUACAGGCCACCGUCCCCCAAGCAAUUACCGUGCCCAAAGCCAGAAAAUAGGGCCUGA